AUGAAUGAAUUUAAUACUGACGUUAUCUAUCUAUCUAUCUAUCUAUCUAUCUAUCCCAAUCUCUUCGUUAUCUAUCUAUCUAUCUAUCUAAAUCUCUUCCUUAUCUAUCUAUCUAUCUAUCUAUCUAUCUAUCUAUCUAUCUAUCUCUUCCUUAUCUAUCUAUCUAUCUAUCUAUCUAUCUAUCUAUCUAUCUAUCUCUUCCACAUCUAUCUCUCGAUCCAUGUAUUUGUCUAUAUAUCACUCAUUCUUAUCUAUUUAUAUAUCAAACUCUUCCUUAUCUAUCUAUCUAUCUUUUACACAUCUAUCUCUCGAUCCAUCUAUUUGUCUAUAUAUUGCUCUUUCUUAUCUAUAUAUCCUUUUUCGUUUUUAUCUAUCUAUCUAUCUAUCUAUCUAUCUAUUCAUCUAUAUGUCACACUUUCUGAUCUAUGUCACUCCCUUAUAUUUAUUCUCUCUACAUCUCUAUCUAUGUCACUCUAUACCUUUCCUAUCUAUCUAUCUAUCUAUCUAUCUAUCUAUCUAUCUAUCUAUCUAUCUAUCUCUUCGACAUCUAUUUGUCUAUAUAUCACUCUAUCUUAUCUCUCAAUAUAUAUCACUCUUCCUUAUCUAUGGAUAUAUCAUUUUUGUUCUUAUCUAUCUAUCUAUCUAUCUAUCUAUCUAUCUAUCUAUCUAUCUAUCUAUCUAUCUACCUACCUCUUCCUCGUCUAUUUAUCUAUCCAUCUAUUUAUCUAUAUGUCACACUUUCUGAUCUCUCUAUGUCACUCACUUUCUUAUCUAACUCUCUCUAUGUCUCUAUCUAUGCCACUCUAUUCCUUAUCUAUCUAUCUAUCUAUCUAUCUAUCUAUCUAUCUAUCUAUCUAUCUAUCUACCAAAGGCAAAUAA